AUGACAGAGGCCAAAAACUCCUCAUUUCCCAGCGAGGAGAUGAUGGUGCGAUUAAUAGAGGAGCACCUGUGGUGUGGCUAUGGGGAUGUUGAAGCCGCUAUCAGGCUUCCGUUAGAGGACGAAAAUGCUACCUACCUGCGUGAAACGGUGUUUCCGACACUUGUUCCGGCGCUGUAUGAAUUACUGAAGCGUGAGCAAAAGCGAAACGCUCAGAGUGAUGCAUUUCCAGGACGUUUUGGAGCCACAGGGAAUACACAUGCGGUGAUGUGGCUGGCGCAGUAUCUUCUUCGAAACAACAAACAAAAGAGCGAGAACCUUUGCAGGCAUCCGUAUGUACUUGUCAACAACGAAGUCCUUAGAAAACAGAAAGAGGCUACAGCGAACGAAGAAGUUUUAGGACCUAGUGCCGUUUGCAGCUCUUCUCGCCUUUAG